AUGGUGGCCAUCGGUCUCGCUUCUGCCUCGCCCAAGGGCAAGGCAGUCAUGAUGGGAAUAUUUUCCCUCAUUGCAGUACUCCUUCUCGGUGUCGUUGCUGCUGAGAAUCACACAGAGCCCGUCACUUCUGUCGACUUCAACUGGGACCCCAAGAACCCUCCUCUCUGGACCAUCCGCCCUGAGGAUCGCGAGGAGUUCCUUGCUACCGGAAACAUCACCAGACUCAUCAAGCGCAACGAUGUGACUCCUUGUGAAGAUCAUCAGCAUCCCGCCCUUCUCUACUACCAGUACUGGGAGAAGGACUGCCCGGCUCCUACCAAGUUCCAUCCUGAUGACUACAAGUAUCCGGGAACUUGUAUCCAUUGGGAUCGACCAUGGUGGCCGGAGGACAAGGCUUGUGGUGGUUUCUGUCAAGUCCGCACCUACUUCGAAUGGGCUCAGGAGAGUCCCUACCCUAUGUCUGAAUGUCACUUUCCCGUCGCAUGCGGCUUAUCUCAGUCUGAUUCAGCUUCUGUUGGAUGGUCAGCUACUCUCAGUGGCAAACUCGGAAAGAUGUGGAAGCUUGGUGCCUCUGGAAGUUGGAGCUGGGCAACGACCACUGCUACCGGACGCUCCUUCAAAGUCACCCUGUUGAAGGGUGAGUGCGGCUACUUCACCUUCGUUCCAGUCAAGAAAGUCAUGUGCGGUACAUAUUCCUUUUCAGAGGCAUAUCCAAACCAAAUCUAUGAUUAUUGGCUCUGCCACAGCGAGAGGGGCCCGACCAACCUACCCAACAUCUGCGAUUCCGAACCCUGGAAGAUCAAGAACACUGGCGAUGCCAAAGACCCCGAUGGAUUGAUCCCCGAUGGCACUGUCCUGUUCGUCUACACGGACUGUCGCACACGCUUACCCCUGCCGAAAGAGUUCCAGGACCCCGUGUACGGCACCCCGGGCGUCUCUCUCCACCCCAACACCAUCGACAGCAUCCAACAGGGCUGGGUCUGGAACACCUGCUACUUCUGGGACAUGAAGGUCAAGGGCGAGCGCGCCCUCUUCAUCCGCGGCUCGGGCUUCAAGGACGAGAAGAUUGGCGACAACGGCGAGUACCUGCGCAAGGUCGUCGAGGCAUGUUCCAGCCAGGCCGGUGGCGCUUUCAAGAAUCACAAGUUCACGUGGUACGACAAUGGCAAGCCGGAGGACUCGGCUAUGAAGCGCGGCGCUGCCUGGCUCUUUGAGGGCGAUGUGCCUGAGACCAUCCGACCUGGCUGUGUCGGCGAGGCUCUCAUGGACAUGGGCGCUUCCACUCAGGAUCAGUGCGUCGGUAACAACAUGGAAGCCUUGAGCUUCGAUUAG